AAACGUGACCGUAACAAACGUUCAACGUCCAGUAUUCUUUCAGCUCUUAAUUCGCAGACUUCCUCCUCUUCUUCUACAAAAAAAAAAAAAAAAAAAAAAAAACUUUAUUAAGAUGAAGGCAACUUUUGCAAUUCUUACUCUUUGCAUCGUCGGUGCUUUGGCCGGCAUCACCGAAGAACAAAAGACGAAGCUCGCUGCCUACAAAACAGAAUGUAUUAAAGAAUCUGGAGUUGAUGCUGCCGUGGUGCAAAAUGCCAGAGAUGGAAAAAUUGACGACAAUGAUAAAAAAUUGGCCUGCUUCUCAGCUUGUUUGUUGAAGAAAAUUGGAAUCAUGAAUCCCGAUGGUACAAUUAAUGAGGAAGUUGCUCGUGCUAAAAUCCCAGAUUCAAUUCCAAAGGACAAAGCCAAUGAAGUCAUUAACAAAUGCAAAGUAUUGAAAGGAGCAGACGAAUGCGAAACUGGAUAUAAAGUAAUGAAGUGCUACAUGCAAACAAAAACUUUCUCCAUUCUUUAAUUGAAAAAAUAAUUUUCCUUUUCUUUGCAUGCGAAAAAUCUCUGUUAUCAUAGAAUCGAAAUAAUUCAUUUUUAUUUGCAAAAAAAAUUUAUGUAAAUGUUGAAAAAAAAAUAAAGGAAAUUAUUUCAGUUGA